GCGCAGGGGGAGGUGAGCGGAGCCGAGCGGAGCCUGCAGGCGAGGAGGAGGACGGCGAGAGAGGCCCCGCCCCCGCCUCUCCGAGCCGGCUCCUAGCCGCCUCCGAACCCGCUCACUUUGCCGCUUGCCUCUGGACGGCGGCGGGCGGCUGCCGGAUCCGCGCCGGAGGGAGCGCGGGAGACGGGGAGACAUCCCGCACCGGCGCCUCCUCUUGGCGCCUGCACCCCUCCGGGGGUCGGCGCCGCCGCCUUGGAGAGGGCACCCCUGCCUGGGAGGGGGCAUCCCCCGGGCGCGAGGGGCGGCGGCGCGGACGCAGCCUUGUUCCCUGCCAGUGGGGAGCAGCGCUGGCGCCGAAGGGGACUCCCCAGCCACCUGCAGGUACCGCCGCGCGGAGGGCGCGUCGCUACCAGCGACGCCGGGCUGCCGAAGAGGCGAGAGCCGAAGGGCUCCCGGGCCAGCGAAGGGCAGGAGCGGAGUCCCCCGGGAGAGCGGGCCCCGACGGCGCGCUCCCCCGUCGGCCAAGGGCAGGCAGGCCCUGCGUGGCGGCCGGGGGCCGGCGGCGGGGCCCUCGGGCCGCGGGGCCCCGGGCUGCCUAGCCAUGACCUUCGGGCGCAGCGGGGCGGCCUCGGUGGUGCUGAAUGUGGGCGGCGCCCGGUACUCGCUGUCCCGGGAGCUGCUGAAGGACUUCCCGCUGCGCCGCGUGAGCCGGCUGCACGGUUGCCGCUCGGAGCGCGACGUGCUCGAGGUGUGCGACGACUACGACCGCGAGCGCAACGAGUACUUCUUCGACCGGCACUCGGAGGCCUUCGGCUUCAUCCUGCUCUACGUGCGCGGCCACGGCAAGCUGCGCUUCGCGCCGCGGAUGUGCGAGCUCUCCUUCUACAACGAGAUGAUCUACUGGGGCCUGGAGGGCGCGCACCUCGAGUACUGCUGCCAGCGCCGCCUCGACGACCGCAUGUCCGACACCUACACCUUCUACUCGGCCGACGAGCCCGGCGUGCUGGGCCGCGACGAGGCGCGACAUGGCGGGGCCGACGCAGCGCCCUCCAGGCGCUGGCUGGAGCGCAUGCGGCGGACCUUUGAAGAGCCCACGUCGUCGCUGGCCGCGCAGAUCCUGGCCAGCGUGUCAGUGGUGUUCGUGAUAGUGUCUAUGGUGGUGCUGUGCGCCAGCACGCUGCCCGACUGGCGCGCGGCGGCUGCGGACAACCGCAGCCUGGAUGACCGGAGCAGGUACUCCGCCGGCCCUGGGAGGGAGCCCUCCGGGAUAAUUGAAGCUAUCUGCAUAGGUUGGUUCACUGCAGAGUGCGUGGUGAGGUUCAUCGUCUCCAAAAACAAGUGUGAGUUUGUCAAGAGACCCCUGAACAUCAUUGAUUUACUGGCAAUCACACCGUAUUACAUCUCCGUGUUGAUGACAGUGUUUACAGGCGAGAACUCUCAACUCCAGAGGGCUGGAGUCACCUUGAGGGUGCUUAGAAUGAUGAGGAUUUUUUGGGUGAUUAAGCUUGCCCGGCACUUCAUUGGUCUCCAGACACUUGGUUUGACUCUCAAACGUUGCUACCGAGAGAUGGUUAUGUUACUUGUCUUCAUUUGUGUUGCCAUGGCAAUCUUUAGUGCACUUUCUCAGCUUCUUGAACAUGGGUUGGACCUGGAAACAUCCAACAAGGACUUCGCCAGCAUCCCCGCUGCCUGCUGGUGGGUGAUUAUCUCUAUGACUACAGUUGGCUAUGGCGAUAUGUAUCCUAUCACGGUGCCUGGAAGAAUUCUUGGAGGAGUUUGUGUUGUUAGCGGGAUUGUUCUAUUGGCAUUACCAAUCACUUUUAUCUACCAUAGCUUCGUGCAAUGUUAUCAUGAGCUCAAAUUUAGAUCUGCUAGAUAUAGUAGGAGCCUCUCCGCCGAGUUCCUGAAUUAACGCAUUGCAAACCAAUUCUUGCACACACUUCAUAGAAAGAGUUGGCGCUGCUUCAUAUGCAUGUGUUUCUUGCUGGGUGGGUACUGCAGUGGCACUGUCAUCAGCUUGGUAGGGUAAAAAUUAUCCUUCCCAGCUGAAGGGAUAAAACAAUUUACUUAUUAUAAAGUAAAGAGAAUUGAGACUGCAAAGGAAAAGUAAUGACUCCUAGAGCAAACUUUAGGACCUUAUUUUUUUACUGAGACAGGAUUUCGCUGUACUGCCCAGGCUGGGCUCAAGUGACCCUCCCUCAGCCUCAGCCUCCUGAGUAGCUGGGAUUACAAGCGUGUGCCACUGUGCCCAGUUUCUAGGACCUUAUUUUAUUUAGACUUGUUUCCUCCUUGCCUUGAAUAAUUACACAUUAUUUUUAAGUACAUUAUUUGAUCAUUUUAAAACUGAAAGGUACUAUUUUCCAAAUGUUUUUCCAUCUUAGGAAUUCAGAAGAAGCUUUGGAACUUAUAGUGUUGUUUUUUGUUUGAGAGUAACAUUUUCAUUUCUAAAUGUUUUAUAAUUUCUCAUAUCAAUGUCAGAAGUAUCCUGGAAACAUAUGUCACAUGCAGGAACUGUUUAACAAAUACUUUAAAAAUUUGGCCAAAAUUUAAACUGUAUAAUGGAGCUAGAUACAAGCCAGAAUAGUAUUUGAAAAACUUUUCCAGCAUACUUCUCAAUUCUCUGCUUAAUUUUUGUGCCUAUUAUCCACCUUAUCAUAUAGCUUCAUAGAAGCUUGAAUAUAUUAUCCCUUUUCCUUUUUAUUUUUAUUUAUUUUUGUAGAGACGAGGGCUCGCUAUGUUGCUC